CCAAAGAUAUUUUUUAUUGCCAAAUGAAGGGAUCUUUCAUGACACAAUAAAAUUCUAAUAAUAGGGUUCACGUUGAUGGAAGAACCUCAACUCCAGCGCGAUUACAUUGCAAAACGAUGAUAUAUUGUCGCCUAGCACUGGGGACCUGGGGAGGGUUACUUUCUCUUCAACAGCCUAUUUAUCAGGUAGGUUGAAUAUCGCGUGAUUGAUGCGUGUUCACAAGUAAUAUACUUUCCGUUCGAAAUCUACAUUGCUUGAAAUUCUUCUCAUGGCACACAACAUCUACGACCAAGGCGACUUCUUCGAAGCAUAUGCUCAGCUUCCACGUUCCCUUCAUGGCUUGGAAAAGGCUCCUGAAUUUCAAGUACUUCGCUCUUGGAUACCAAACCUUGAAGGAUCGAAUUUCCUAGAUCUUGGAUGCGGGUUUGGUUGGAUGUCUAGAUGGGCGCGAAAGAAUGGUUCCCAAUUCGUUCAGGGUGUAGAUGUGUCCGAGAAUAUGCUAUCUCGAGCAAAAGAAUACACAGCAGACACUGCUAUUAAUUAUUUCAAGGCCGACCUGGAAACCUUAGAGCUACCUCUAAGUACGUUUGACGUUGCUUACAGCUCUCUGGCUCUACAUUACAUCGAGAAUCUAUCAGCUCUCGUCGCUCAAGUCCACAAAUCAUUGAAGCCUGGAGGAACAUUCAUCUUUUCUGUCGAACAUCCUAUCUGGACAGCUCCACGAAACCCCAACUGGAUCAAAGACGCGGAAGGUCAUGAGGUCUGGCCAUUAGAUGGUUAUUUAUUUGAGGGCCCGCGGACGACAAACUGGUUGGCAGAAGGCGUAGUUAAACAACACCGUUCGAUUGCUACGUAUAUUAUGAUGCUUCUUGAUGCUGGGUUCAUUCUAACUGCAAUUGAUGAGUGGGGACCGACGCCAAAACAGCUACAGGAGUAUCCAGACUGGGCUGGAGCAAGACAUCGCCCUCCAUUUCUACUUGUAAAAGCUACAAAGUCGACCAAUUAGGGUAUUUGACCGGCACAAUCUGAAGAAAUGGUCGAUAGCGUCUAUGUGGAUCUGCUGGAGUUGCAAUGGGGGGGAGUUGCAGUGAGGGGCACC